AUGCGCGUCGUGUCACGUCCUCUCACGUGGUCCCGAUUUUGUUUACCGCCUCACAUUCGAGUUGUUACGAACCUCCAUCACCUAGUACUCCCCGAGUCCCUCUGCCAGUCCUCUUGGAAAAGUGUCCCUUCAGCAAAUAGGCUGCUCUACCUCAGGCUGCUUUCGUGCAACUUAUAG